AUGCCCUCCUUCUUGGGCCUUGCUGCCCUCCCUCUCCUCGGCCUCGUAUCCGCCCAGAACAUUACCCAGACCACCUCCUUCUCCUUCUCUCCCACCCCCGUCACCACGAGUGUACCCUCGCCCACUGUUCCUCUCAAUUCUAGCGUAGACGGGCAAGGAGACUAUCCCGCUAUACAAGCCCUCUGUGAUGGAGGUGCCGACGUUCCCUUUUGCCCCGGCAUACUCUUGCAUGAUGUGCAGCUCGCUCGCAUCUUUGCGGACAGCAAGCCUACGCUUGAAUCCCUCAACGAGACUCAAGCAGCGUGGGAGGCCUUGACCAGUAAUAGCAGUAACGUGACAGUUGGAGAUAUCCAGAGGUUUGUUGAAGACAACUUUAAAGGCGAAGGUCUCGAGCUCUCCCAAGUCGAACUCCAAAACUUUACAGACUCACCCGCCUUCCUCGACAAUGUCACCGACCCCGUCUACCAAGCAUGGGCCAAGGUCGUACACGGCUAUUGGACACUUCUUGCCAGAGAGACAAACCAGUCGGCACUUUGCUCGGAGAGUGAGGAAGGUGGAUGCGAGUCGAGCUUGAUUCCGCUGAACCACACCAUUAUUGUUCCUGGUGGCCGAUACAGGGAGAUCUACUACUGGGACUCCUAUGCAAGUACACAAGCUGGCUUGCUCAAAUCGGAACUGUACGACUAUGCUUGGGCCCUGCUUUCCAACUUUAUGGACUUGAUCGAUACUUAUGGAUAUCUCCCCAACGGCGGCCGCAAGUACUACCUGAACCGCUCCCAACCUCCCGUCUUUGUCCAGAUGCUUGACGCCUACAUCAAAGUCACCUCCAACGUCACCAUCCUCGGACGUGCCCUCCCCAUCGCCUCCUCCGAGCUCGAAUGGUGGACAAACAACCGUACCACCAACAUCACCUCCCCAUACACCAACACCUCCGUCCUCAUCGCGCAUUACAACGUGACCAACUCUGCCCCUCGACCAGAGGGCUAUGUCGAAGACUAUGAGACUGCCAACUCUGCCGGUUUGGGGCCGUUGAACCAGACGGAGAAGGAAGAGCUCUGGGCCGAGUUGGCUUCGGGAGCGGAGAGUGGGUGGGACUAUAGUUCGAGGUGGUGUGAGCAGCCGUUGUUGAAUGAGACGGAUAACAACCCGGCGUUGAGGACGCUCAAAGUGAGGAGUAUUGUGCCGGUUGAUUUGCUGAGUUUGAUCAUGGCUGAUGAGAGGGAUCAGCUUGCCAAUUUGUAUGAGCUGUAUGAGAACAGUCAAAGUGAAGGCGGCGACAAUUCGACUUCCAGCGACAACUCGACCUCUAUCGCCAAACGUCAGGACGACAGUUCUGCAAGCGCCACCGAGAGUAGCACUGAUAGCGCAAGCGUUACCGAAAGCGCAAGUAGUGCGGAAAGCGCGACCAGUACCGAAAGCUCGACCAUCGCCGAUAGUACCACAGCACUUGGUAACAGCACGGCAAGCGCUACCGCCGCCUCGGGCAACGCGACCAGCACCGCCAGCAGUGGCAACAGUACUGAAAGCAGUUCCGCAAGUAACAGCAGCACCGCAAGCAGUACUGCCAGCACAGGUAACAGUACAGCAAACAGUACUACAAGUGCCGCCGCGAGCAACGCAAGUGCUACCGCAAGCAGUGGCGGCGGUAUCAUCAGUGGGAACAGUACUUCGAGCGGCAAUGGUACCGAAAGCAGCGGCAACGACACCGCGAGCAAGAUCGAAUAUCACCGUGCUCUCUCUCAGCAAUACGCCGCGGCCAUUCUCGAUCUCUGUUGGGACGCCGAAAAGUCUUGGUUCUACGACUUCAACAUCACCUCCAAUUCUCGUUCCGAGAUCUACCACCCAGGCGGUACCUGGCCUCUUUGGCAGAAUAUCACUCCUCCCGGCUUGGAGAACAACGAGACCGCCGCUUUGGCUUUGGUCAGUGGACAGAGGUACUUGUUGGGACAUUACUCUGGUGUGCCUAGUGUAGCAAGUCUGUUGCAGACGGGGUUGAACUGGGACUUUCCCAAUGCCUGGCCGCCUCAUGCCUACACGUCGAUCAAGUCGUUCGAGACCAUCGCUCGCCUUCUUCCCAACGCCUCCACGCUCCCCAACCUGACAAUCUCUUUCGACGAAGUUGUCCCCUCCCAGCUCGGUCUCAACCAGUCCGACUUGCAGCCCCAGCCACAAGAAACCAUCGGCAACGUCUCUCUCACCACCGACACUUCCAAGGACCAGCCAUGGCCUUUGGCUCUGUCAAUCGAGUUUGCCAAUAGGUACUUGGGAGCGGCGUUCUGCAGUUGGUACUCGACUGGUGGCCAGAUUGAAGGCCUUUUGACGCAGUUGUCGAUCAGUGAUUUGAACGCUACUGGGACCUUCACCGAGGGCCAGUCUGGUGUCAUGUUUGAAAAGUUCAACGUAACGGACACGGAUGCUGCCGGCGGUGGUGGUGAAUACACCGUCCAAGUCGGUUUCGGCUGGACCAACGGUGUAGCCCUCUGGGCAGCUGCCGAGUACGGCCAGUACAUCCCCUCGCCCACUUGUCCUCUCAUCCCUAUCAUCGAGGCCAACUCGACCGAAGGCUCGAACUCGACCUCGGCGACAAACUCGACAGACAGCUCGCGUGGGCCUACGGCGAAUGACAACUCUACAGAGUCGGGGAACAGUACGUCGACUAGUACGACCUUGUUUGCUGGAUAUAGGAUCCCGAGGGAGUAA